UGUGUCAAAUGUAGGUUGAGCGAGUGCUUAAAACCAGGAGCUCGAGAGUCCCCGCGCGUGAACUCGGCGCGGGGGCUCGGGACGGGCAGCCAUGGAAUUGAACUCCCUGUUAAUCCUCCUGGAAGCGGCCGAGUACUUGGAGCGAAGAGACCGAGCGUUCCUGCAAAGGAGGAAAAAAUUGCAUGGAAAAAAUAUAUUGCCACUAAUGCUGACUUUGUCCCUAGAAGCAGAACAUGGCUAUGCAUCAGUGUUACCCUUCGAUAGUGACUAUUCCAGAAAGAAAACAAAGGCAGGCACCAUGGCCAGAAAAUCCCAGAAUAACAGGUCAUCACACAACGAACUAGAAAAACAUAGGCGGGCUAAACUCCGGCUAUAUUUGGAACAGCUAAAACAGCUUGUGCCUCUCGGGCCGGACAGCACCAGACACACCACUCUAAGUCUCUUGAAAAGAGCUAAGAUGCAUAUCAAGAAAUUGGAAGAACAGGACCGAAAAGCUCUAAAUAUUAAAGAACAAUUACAGCGGGAGCACCGCUACCUCAAGCGCAGGCUGGAGCAGCUAUCCGUGCAGGGCAUGGAGCGAAUCCGCACUGACAGCAUGGGAUCAACAAUAUCCACUGACUCUGAACAAGAAGUAGACAUUGAAGGAAUGGAGUUUACUCCAGGUGAAAUGGACAGUAUUGGAAGUGCCAGUGAUGCUGAAGACCACUACAGUUUGCAGAGCGGUUCGAGUGACGGAGGUUACACACAUUCCCGCAGACUGAAUGCCAGGCUCUCAUAGUGCCUGAGUUACCCGCUCAACUCAGGACCAUCUGACUGAAGCACUUAUAUAUGAAUAUUCCAGAGGUGUCAACUGCCACUCUUCCGGGAAACCCCAACCACAAUACUCUGACAUGGAGGUUUCUUACCCACGGUUCCCUGCACUGUAACCACAAUAGUAGAUAUUGUAAAUCAUGGGUUUGCUGCAGAGAACUGUGGUUAGGUACAGUUGUGACUUAAAGCUAGCUUGAUGUAGCCAUCCUGCAAAUUAAAGGAAAUAAAUUAUGUCGUUCCAUUCAAGAAGUAUUAAAUUCAAACUGUUGGAAGCAUGGCGUAAGGGAGUUUGACAGUUUAUUUUGAUUUUGCAGAAACCAUUUUCAAACAUGGAAGAAUAAAUGAAAUCUACAAUGUGUUAGUGAUUCAGAGAUACAAAAACCUAAAACUACUUUUUUUGGUAUUUUUUCAUGAAAAAAACCCCAAACCCAAAACAUUUUGGAUGCUGUAUAGUGGGCUCCAUAGAGUAAAUUCUUUUAGCAGCUGUUGUUUGGGUAAAGCAGGCAGAUAAAUCUUCAAAUCUCAAAUGAUCUUUAGAAAAGGUCAUAUUUACAAGUCACUACUGUACUUCAAAAUGGGGGAAAAGCCAGCUCUAAUAAUGACUUCAUGUGGGAUGAUCUCAACUUUCUUUUGCUUUUUGUAUUCAAUAUCCAACCAGCAGCAAAUCAUUCUAUCCAUGUUAACGGGAGCAGUAGAAAGCAACAUGGCAGUUUUAACCUGUUACUGUGGAAUGGAUGACAUUUGAAGCAUUUCAGUGGUUUUAUGGGUUGUUGUUUUCAUUUCUUUCUCUGAAGAAUACAGAACUCAAGUGAUCCAGUUUGUGAUAGUUAAUCUUUCCUUGCAAGGAAAUGAAAUCUCUGUUUGCUUGUAUUUUUUUUUCUUCUCUUCUAUUUACACAUGUCAAUACAUUCUUAUGGAAGGCAUGGCUUAAAACUACAGUAUUCAGCUAGAAGAUAAUUAUUUUUUUUUCUUUUGCACACUAUAAUUGCAUUUUCUAUUCUUAAAAAAGUGCAAAAAAAUUAAAAUGUAUGCUGUAAAACAGCAAAGUUUAUUUAGUACUCAUCAAGCUGUUCAGAACAUAUUUACCCAAAUUGUAGCAAUACUAUGAAGAUGUAUUUUAAUACAACUUCUGCUUAGUGAAGUCAUUAGAGCUUGGCUUGCCGGGUAAGAAAAAAAUGGACCAGUCUUUGCAUUAUCUGUUUAAAGAAGGUCUUUUAAAAAAAAUAAAAAAAAAGGAGAAAAAAAAAAGAAAAAAUUGAAAAAAAAAAAAAAAAAGAAAAAAGCUAUAAACACUUUUAGGGAAGUGAUUUUAGCAAGUGUAGUCUAUAUUUCCUGUAAGAGAUUUUGUAUUAUAUUUUCCUAAAUGUUCUCAUUUACUUGUAUAAGGAGGGGAAUGGUACAGACCCAGACCAGAGUCUCAGGGACUCUUCACCUUUGUCAUAUUGUGCCUUGGUGACCAUUUAUGUAUGCCUCUCCUUCUCAUUGUUUAAAGGACAACUAAGCUUUGUUUCAAGACCCUCUGUUCAAAUGGUCAGUUGUCCACCUUCUUACGGAUGAAGCAGAGAGGUGUAUUUAUAUCUUCACCCUCUCACAACUGAUUCAGUGUGGCUUUAAGUAAAAUCAUGGAAUUAGGUUUUGGUGCGAGGGUUAAUUGUCUUUGUAUGAGCCCUCCCUUGGAUUCUUCAGCACACAAAUCUAUUUUUUGUUAGCUUAUAAAGUCAGGGUCUCUGUGAGACCAGCGCUCAGUGGCUUGGGAAACACAAACGUACUGUGUAAGGCUAUGGGAUGUCCAAGUGUGGUGCCAUUUUUAGCAUUCAGAUACAAGACCUCAUGACAGACUGACCAUAAUGAUCAAAAGCAAAGGUUCAGUUGUUCUUUCAACAUCUGACAUACAUGUCCUCCCUUUGGCUCUUACAACACGGAGUAGAAAUAUGAAUACAUUUUGUGGCAGCUUACAGAUCCUUGUUUGCACUCUCGCUUACUGCUUGGAACUUGCCAACAAGGAAACGUAUACAUUUAAUUUACAUAACCUAAAGGAUGGCCACCCCUACUUUGGCUCUGGGGAGGGGCCUAAGGUUAUCAACUCUGGCAGCUGAAUAAGAAAACAAUUAACCUUUUCUGUGAUGCAGGUUUUGGUAUUACAUUCUAUACACCUUGCAUAUUACUAAAAUCCUCAUUGUUGGGGAAAGCACACAGCAAUAUACUCAUUGUGUGUAGCUGACAAGCAGCAGAGAUUACUAGCUCCUUUGGUGCAUAUGUAACUAAUUUCCAAAUCAUGGAAAAAAAAAAAAGAGUUUACUUUAACACACGACUGUUAACAGGAAAAAAAAAAAAAAGAGGCUAGUAUAUUGUUGCUGUUCAUUUAUUAUAUAAUGAACACAUUCAUGGAUUGUAAAGUGUUUCCUUUCAUGACAAGCAGCUCUUGCACAGAACCUCCUAAUGAAAAGAGAUUUGAAACUUACAGAAGGAAAAACGAGACUUUAAAUUGAACAUUAUUGUACCUUAGGUCAACCUGAAAUUUUCCUUUUAAAGAUGAAUGUGCUAACUUAAUGAGUUCUUCCACGCUGGGUAUCCAUGGCUUUGUAGAUCUUAUAUUUUCAAUAAAAAUUACUCGAAUAAUCUUGAGUGGAAAUAAAAAGGGUUUAUUUGUUUUUACUUUUUCAGUUGUUACAGCUGGGAGCUAUUAACGCUGGUUAAGAAAAAUGACACCAUACUGCCUGUGUCAUUCUCCCUCCAGCACAGCCCAAUUUAAGGUGGAAUUUUCAGGCACAGCCCCCGGACAGCAGCAGCCCUGUUAGAGGCAAUGGCACAGCAGAUCCUAGGGUCAGGUUUGGGGGCUGGCCUGUCCCCCCAGAGAGCUGCAGUCAGUGGGGACAGUCGGGGCUCUGACAUUCUCUCAGGUUCUGCUGCUGAGCAGCCAGUGCAGCACUGUCUCUGGCCGCAGCACCUUGGGAUGCAAACAGUAUUAUUUUUAUUAUUUUUUCUCAGCUGGACACUUGCGUGUGUGCCCCGUGUUUGUGCACAAGUGUACCUGUGCCCACAGUGGGGCUGCAAAAAGCAAACUGUUUGCUGCAAGAUGAAAUCCUGCCACCACCUUGGCAGCUCUGCCGUGUUGUCGUGACCGCACUUUGAGCAGGCGAGGAGGUGCUGCUGCUCAGUUCAUCCAUUUCCUCUGCUGUUACCACAUUGGAAAAGGAGUAGGGACAAGAUUACAGGGCUGCUAGGUAUUUUUCUCUGUGGAAGGGGCUCUGGAGAGAUGAAGUCAUCACAAAGUUCUUUUUCUGGAGACGCAGAGGUUUGGCCUGUUUCCUGGGGGAGAAGAAAGGAAGGGCUUUCCCUUGCAACACGCAGGUGUCGGAGGAUGCACGCCUCUGCAUUGCUCCUGGAUUAGUGCUUCCUCCCGCUCCCUGCCUGCACUCUGGCAUCACCAGAGGGAGGCACAAAAAAACUCAGCUUGAAAUUGCUAGUUCUUUCUGCAUUGCUUGUACUGUGCCAGGCCCAUUGCAGCUGAUUUAUUUAUCUUCUGAAAAGAGCAGGUUUGGCAGUAGAAGCUCUGCAACACAUUAUUCAGAGACUGGAUCCUGUAUUGUCUUCUGCAAAGAACAAACUUGGUUCAGAGUGAGUUUUAGCAGGUUAAAACAGAAAUAAAAAAGCCUCCCAAAAAUCCAUGAGAAUGACAGUUUUCCAUGUGCUGUUUAUAGAUGAGUUUCAAUCCCAAUAUAUUAGUAUAAGAUUUGGAGUUGAAAAAAUGACAUAAAAUCUAACACAUCUAACUUGAUCUAACUUAAAGACUGACUUCAGUGGUGUUAUAUUUUUGACAUGGAUGAGUAUGGGUUCAACUGUACCACAUGCAUAUAAUUACAGAAGUAGAAAAAAAGUUACUCAUUGAUCUACAAAGAAGUUACAGUGACAAAUACCUGUUUUCUGAGCACCUGACUGUACACUUUGCAUAACCCAUUUCAGUGGGUGAACUUAAAAUGCCAAAAGAGGAGAACUGGGCAACAGAAAGAGGUGAAGUUACAAGUGUGGGUUCUGCCUUCAAUCCUGCUCAGGGUGGGUACUUCUGCUUUUCCUGGAGGUACUUAAAGCAGUCUCUUCUCCUGGACAAGUGAUUAUUUUACCAUUUUACUAACUUUUUGGCAGACUGGUAAUUAAUGGUGAAAUUUUUCACCCUUGCAGAUCAGUCAUGUGGAAAGUAACACAUUUUUGAAAAUAACCACAUCAUUACAGCUUUUAAUUAAGUAAUAUUAAUUUUAUACAUUUAAUUUUAUGAUGCUGUUGAUAAAGGAAUGUUUUCAAAACAAAUUACUCUUUCAUGAAUCUGUUAAAUUUGUUUUUAAAUGGUAGAGGCCAUCGGUUGUGUGUAGUAUGAGCCAGUAACAGUGCUGAUAUUUAAUCCAUUAACUUACACUUUCCACAACUGAUGGAAGAAUAAUUGAGACCCUUAAGGAACCCUUUAAAGAACAGCUGUACUCCCUACAAUUACUAAUGGGGCAAACACAUCAGAAAUUAAUUUUGCCAGCAAUGAAAUGAGCCAAUUUGCUUAAGUGACUGUCUAAAUGCACUGUUCUUAAUUGGUAGCUGUAAAGAAAACCUCCAAGUGUGCUCUGUAGCUACCCCGAAUUAAAAUGCAGGGGGUAUAUGAAACAGAAAAGACCAUUCGGUCACCUUAGCUGUUCUCUCUGCCUGAAGUAUUGUAAAUAAGCCCAGGAAAGGAUUCCUGGGGAGGGGUGGCCAGCCAGAGGCUUGCCUCUUGGCAAAGCAGAGUGAAGGUGCCCCAAGUUCAGAAUUCCUUUCUUUCAUUUUGCACGAGAGGCAUAAACUGUGGUUACAAGGGAUUUAUGGCAUUGGAAGGGUCUGUGCAGGAGGGAUGUUUAAGAUGCAAUUUUGGUGCAGGUGAAGCACUGACUGAGAGCUUUCUGCUGCUUACUGGUAAAAUUGCUACCUAAAGGUGUUAGUGAGUGGGUUCUGUGCCAGAGCCUCUGGGUCCCAGAGCCAAAGGAAUGGUUCAUAGUCUGUGAGAUGCAUUUUACUGUACUACACAGAUUCAUUUGUACACACGUACAUGGCGCUUGCUACGUUCUGUAGCACUCGGAGUAUUGUGUUGUAUCAUUAUCUCGUCAUAAUAUAAAUACAAAUUUUUAUACCUUU